CCCUCCUUUCAGAUACUGAUUUCUCCUGAUUCAAACCCAUAGAAACGGCAGCGGCAGUGUUUCAGUCUUCUGUAGCACCGCGAGUCGCCAUCUUCAGCGACCUCUGCUUCUCUCUCACCUCUUACGUUUUCUAUGCACACACACAAGUCAUAUUGGGGAAUCAGAGCACGUCCACUGACGGACAGCCGGUUUUGUUAUACCGCUGAAAUCAGAUUCUCCGCAUUGUGGAGGCGAGGACUGCAACGGGUUAUCGGAAGACAAGAGAAUAUUGGUUGUGUUGAUCGGACCUGGAAGAGGGGUACUUAACACUCCAGCACCACAAAUUGGGCUUCACUUCCCUUUGCAGGGCUGGGACUUUUCCCUUCAAAGCACAGAGAUCAUAUCUGUGGAGCCCUGAGCUGAACUGGACAAGGACUCGAAACCUGGGGCUUCUUCCACUGGGAUUUAAGUUUUUUGUCUUCUUUCUGGACCAGUGGCACUUAAACACUUUAAGACUAUUAAGCAUGAGUGAAUUCUGGUUGUGCUUCAACUGCUGUAUUGCAGAACAGCCUCAGCCGAAGCGACGAAGGCGGAUCGACCGAAGUAUGAUUGGGGAGCCAACAAACUUUGUACACACAGCCCAUGUGGGAUCGGGAGACCUGUUCAGUGGCAUGAAUUCAGUGAAUUCAAUCCAAAACCAAAUGCAGUCUAAAGGAGGAUAUGGAGGUGGUGCCAUACCAGUAAAUGUUCAGAUGCAGCUUGUGGAUACAAAAGCAGGAUAACUUGUUUUGAACGUUCCUGAGUGUAUGUUUCUUCAUCCUUGCCUCCUGUUUGCCUUUGGUGACUGCUUUUCGUGUUCCUCAUAAGACAGAAGUGAUGGUUGUGCUAUACCCCUGUGACUGUUCUUCGAAGAAAAAAAAAAGUUUGCCAUUCUGUUGGAAAUAAGCUGCCUCGCCUUUCACAAGGUGUUUGGCUUAGGAAACAUGGACAUUAUGUUUUCUCCCUUAAUCUUUACUGAAUCACAUGUUAGCAUGACCUUUUGUUUCUGCAAGUGCCAGUGCAAAAUGUAACAAUGCUCCUCUUUGUCAUUUGCUGAGAGAAAAUCUGCUUUUUGUUUUUGAGUUUGAUUUGUUGAUGUUUGAAGGUCUGGAACCUACAAGCACAAAAGGCUUAACAUUUAUCUUUUUUUUCUUUUUUGCUUUCCUGUUUUGCUGUCAGCAUAGUAGUUGACUGCGUGCUUGUGAAGUGGCUUUGUAUGGUGGCCUAUCAGUGCCAAAAUGCCUGUAGUUGCGGAAUGAUACUUUUGCUGACAAGAAAUAAAAUCCGGCAAAGUCAAUGCCAUUCCAUAGGAAAAAUAAUUACCUAGCUGCUUAAAAAUGUUUUUUGUCUUUUUUUUUAUUUCUGAACUGAUCUUGAAAUAAAACUGGCUUUUCACAUGGUGAACUGCUGUAAAAUGCUCAGUAUACUUGAUUUUAAGAAACCUGAGUUUUAUUGUGUAACCUGUGUAGGUACAUGUGUAUAAUGUAGUGGUGUCGUAGUGAUCAGUACUGGUGUGGCAGCAAUAUUUAUAAACCUGACUAUGAUGCAACUUGAAACUUGCAGUCUUAUGCAGUCACAGUCUAACCUGUUGCCUGCAUUUAUUAAAACUACACUUUUGUAAUAUUUUUUUCACAGCAAAUGUCAGUAUCUCUGUAUUAAAUACUUUGGGGCCAUGAAGGCUGCCAUGGGUAGUUCUCAAGCUGCCUGAACAAAUGCCAGUAAAAUUACCAUCAACAAACAGGGUGACUAACUAUUUUACUUAAGGUUAUUUAGCUCAGGUUAAAAGGCAUAUUUUCACUUCUAUAAAAUGAUGUACAUUGUAUAAUAUUGCACUGUUUUCUAAUGUUAGUGUAAAAGUGUACCUUUAGAAAAAAAAUAUAACAACAAUUGUAUGGCUAGAUUGUUUAUUGGUUAGGUAGAAUCUUUUUAUGAAAAGUCCUUUUAACAAGAUGUAAAAAAUUUAUAAAUCUAGGAUAAUCGGAAUUUGUCUUCACUGUUUCAGGUACAGUUUACGUGGCAUCCAAAAAAAAGAAAUUCUGGCAUUUAAAAAUGCGACAGCUGUGAAAUUGUUUUGCAGUCUGUGGUGGAACUUGUAUUGCGUUUAAAUAUCAGACUGCAGACUCCAAAUACUCUUUUCCUAGCUUUUCGUUAAUGGCCUUUUGCUUUUCUAUUCAAGUAUUUUCUGUUUUCUCAGAUCAGCAUUUUUUUUAUUUUUCAUUUCAAUUCAUGUAGUAGUUUCAUUGAGCUGGUUUGUUUCACACAGUGGUAGCCUUGCAAGUAAAUAUCUCUUGUAACUUGUAAGAAAAAUGACUGAAACGCCAACAGUGGAUUAUCUUGGAAUUACUAUGUAUGCAGUAAACUACAGUUGUGUGCCAGACUUUAUUGUUCCUUAGGUAUGUUUUCAUUUCUUCCCCCUCAAGUGCUUUGUUUGUAAAUGUCGUAUUCUUUGUAUGCCACAUUCUAUGGUAGUUUAAUUUAUUCUUUUUAGUUAAUUACUGACUGGUUUUACACUGAUCAGCUUGAAGCUUUUCCCAUUCAAAUCAGAGGGCAGUAACUUGCAUUAGCGCACGAUUGUGUAAUUAUUUAUUUUUUUAAGAAUAUCAACCAGCUACGGAAGGAUUUCACAAUAACAUAACAUCUGUGACAGGAUUCAAUUUUAUUUAAAACAAAGGACGACAAAGCCCUUUCUCAAAAACACUUAAAUAAAUGAAAGGAUUUAGUAAGCACCAGUUGUGACAUUUUCACAUUGUUUUUUGUGAAAAUGGUGAAAAUAAUUAGAAGCACAAGAAGGAAGGUAUUGACAGAUAAUCUAGAGUGUAAAUAUCCAAAAAUAAUAGGCAAGGUGUUGUAAACCUUAUAGUAGUAUAAAUUUACUUUUACCCAUAUCUAUUUCCUAAUGUUUGUUUCACUUUACAGCAUCAGGGAGUUCAUCCAGAUCAAUUAUAAAAAAAAAAGAAAAUGUUGUUUUUUUAUUUUUUUAUGAUACAUAUUCAGGUUUUGUACACUUUUCAUCCCUCAGUAAAUUCACUUCCAAUGUUGGUUUGUAGAUUACAGAAUGUCUACAGUUUAAAUAAAUAUUUUUUCCAUGUUAUACAAAUUGUCUUGUAUUUUAUGUAUAGUUAAAACACUAGCUGAAUUUUGUGAGAUUUGGUUCAACAAGCUUGGUUGGUUCCUAUUAGCUAAGGGAUCUGAGGAUCUAAUCUAACCAUUUCUUGAGACCAUUUCAGCUUGUGGAAUUGUAUUUGGUUGGUUUGUUCAGUACUUCUGCAACCCUUAGAGGAAAGAAGAGGCACCCAGUUGACAGUCUUGGAUGUACAGUACUGUACUUCACCUUAGUUUGCACUUCUAUGCUCUGGUUCAUGUUUCACUGGUAGAUUUUUUUUUUUUAAACUCCACUGGAACCUUUUUAAUAACUUGGAAAGUGCUUUCUUAUACUUCGUGUAAUGUUAAAGCAAGAACUCUUCCAAAAACUUGUAUCUCUAAUGAAUCUACUACUGUUUCCCCUUGUCCAUCUAUCUAUUAAAAGAAAACCAGGAUGUU